CAAUAACAAUCAUACCCUUAUGUGGGGACUUAUCCUUAUAUUCUUUGUAUAGCAUGAAACAAAAUCAUAAACUAAGCAGAAACCAACCGUGCAUUCACAGUUAAUAUAAUAUAAGUAAACAUUCCAAUAUCUCAAGAUAUGAAAGAUCCUAUUCUCUAACUUUACUUGCAUUUAAAACCAUUUUUUUACAAGAUUAAAUAUAUUACAUCUUGCCUUUUUUUCCUCUUGCACGCUUACACACACAUGCACAUUGAAAUUAUACAUCUUGAAAGCAAGACGAGGUUAUGGUUGUGUCCACCAUAUAAAUGAUUGAUUAAGUAUAUUUGCAUAUUUAAGCCAAAGUUAGCAAGUAGUAUCAUAGAGAGAAAAAUAAUGGACACUACUUGGAUUCUGUUUGUGGCACCAAUUCUCUUGUGCACUUUGUUCCUCUACUACAGAAAAAGGCUUAGUCUUAAGCUCAAAGCAAAACACAGAAAUCAGCUUCCACUAGGCACUCUUGGAUGGCCUUUUAUUGGUGAAACCAUAGAGUUUGUUUCUUGCGCUUACACCGAUCGCCCUGAAAGCUUCAUGAACAAGCGACGUGCCAUGUAUGGUAAGGUGUUUAAGUCACACAUAUUUGGAAGUCCUACCAUUGUUUCAACAGAUGCAGAUGUGAACAAGUUUAUACUACAAAGUGAUGCAAAGGUUUUUGUUCCUUCUUAUCCCAAGUCAUUGAUGGAGUUGAUGGGAGAAUCUUCUAUUUUGCUCAUCAAUGGAACCUUACAAAGGAGAAUACAUGGACUUAUUGGAGCUUUCUUUAAGUCUCAACAGUUAAAGAUUCAGAUUACCACAGAUAUGGAGAAAUAUGUACAAGAAUCAAUGGCAAAUUGGAAAGAGGACCAACCUAUUUACAUACAAGAUGAAACAAAAAAGAUUGCAUUUCAUGUACUAGUCAAGGCAUUGAUUAGUUUGGAUCCAGGAGAAGAAAUGGAACUUCUGAAAAAACAUUUUCAGGAAUUUAUCUCUGGCCUCAUGUCUUUGCCAAUAAACCUACCAGGAACAAAACUUUAUCAAUCUUUACAGGCAAAAAAGAAAAUGGUGAAACUAGUGAGAAAAACUAUACAAGCUAGAAGAAAUAAAGGCAUCACUGAAGUUCCAAAAGAUGUAGUGGAUGUGCUUCUUAAAGAUACAAGUGAGAAAUUGACAGAUGAUUUAAUAGCCGAUAAUAUUAUUGAUAUGAUGAUUCCUGGAGAGGACUCGGUUCCAGUUCUUAUGACUCUAGCUACUAAGUACCUAUCAGAAUGCCCCGCUGCUUUGCAACAAUUGACGGAGGAAAAUAUAAAGCUCAAGAAACUCAAAGAUCAGGUUGGGGAGCCAUUGUGUUGGAGUGAUUACUUAUCAUUGCCAUUUACUCAAAAAGUUAUAACAGAAAUUUUGAGAAUGGGAAAUAUUAUAAAUGGUGUUAUGAGAAAGGCCUUAAAAAAUGUUGAAGUAAAAGGGUAUUUAAUACCACAAGGAUGGUGUGUGUUUGCAAAUUUUAGAUCAGUUCAUCUAGAUGAGAAAAAUUAUGAGUGUCCAUAUCAAUUCAAUCCAUGGAGGUGGCAAAAUAAGGACAUGAACAGUUCCAAUUUCAGUCCUUUUGGAGGAGGACAAAGGCUGUGUCCUGGUAUUGAUUUGGCCAGGCUAGAAGCUUCCAUAUUUCUACAUCACCUUGUUACUAAAUUCAGAUGGUAUGCUGAAGAAGAUACAAUAGUGAACUUCCCAACAGUAAGAAUGAAAAGAAGGAUGCCUAUCUUAGUAAAAAGAGUGGAAACUUAAGUUGUUCUGGCCAAAAAAGUUUGAAGUCACUUCUACAUACUGAUAUAGUACAAGAACUGAAAAAUACACAAGACAAAAUAAAAGAGGAUUACUGUAGACACACGUGUGGGGAGUUUCAUUAGCUGCUUUGUUUUGUUCCCUUGCAUUUGUCUUUGCACAUAAAGACAAUAGAAAGUUUUGUCUUUUGAAGGACCCAAUGAAUUAGGUUUUUACUUUUCACAAAUUUUUCUUUUCCAUUUUACUUAGUAUGCAAGGGAAGAAAAAGUUGAUUGUAAGAUAAAAAUAUUUUAAAUUAUUAUUAAUUAGAGUGAUAUUAAUAGUAGUUUUAUUUUCAAAUGGAUCUUAAAAUCGCACAGUCAAACUCUUACAGCUGAGAUGACAUCUUAUGUAUAGAAAAAACUCUUAUUUUUUAUUAUUUUUCUCUUUUCCUUUCUUUUAGAAGGAGAGGAUUCAAUCAUGAUGAAUAAGAGGGUCUUGGAAAAGUAGUAGUUUGAAUUUAAGGGUCCCAGAAAGCAAUGAUAUUCAUGGGACAAGUUACUGAAAAACCAUUUUAAAUAUGCAUUUAUUCGGACU